CCGUGAUGGAUGUGGUGCAAGUCAUGCUUUCUUCUAUCCCGGCUUAUCUUCCGUAUUAUACUUUUGGGCUGACCUAGUCACUGCAUAACUAACUGAGCCUCUGCCUGCUCUCCUCGACACUCAUUUGAUCUUGUUCCCAGUGCUCUUUGUCCCAACAUACACACACACUCUUACACUUACACUCACUACUAGUCUACUCCAACUAAAAUCUCCUCUGAGACGAAGCACGGGUCUCCUUUCCUCCAGGGAUGCUCCAAACUGCAGCCUGACUACAUCCUCAUUCGAACUACAGGGGGUCAUCUACGGAACCUGCGUAUCUACCCGAUCCCGUCUCGUCAUCGCCCUUUCAUAUCUCGAUAUCUCUCUCGGUUAACCUCCCGCUUCCCGUGCAUUCACCGCAGAAUAUGAUCCGUCGCAACUCCGACAUCGACGUCCAACUCUCCGAUGCGGCCCCUUCUACUGAACCGGAACCCGCGACUGCAACAGAUGUGGAAAUGAUGUCUGAUGAAUCAGCACUGCCUUUGAACCUGCCCACUCAUCUCGCCGCUCGUUUUGCUCGCAAGCCUAGUGUCGCUCGCCGCUCCUCCGCCGCCUCCUCCCGCCGCAGCUCGAUCUCCUCCCUCCAUUCCCAGCACGCGAACGGGCCCGCUCAUGGCGCGUCCUCAACCGAGAACGUAGCGCAACAUCUCCGACGGACCUCCAUUCUCGAGAGUCGCAAGGCCCGACUCGCGGACCGCGCAUUGCACGCGGAGAAAGUCAGGCUUCGUGCGGCCUUGGCCAAAGCGGCUACCCGCAACCUGCAGCGGGAAGAACGAGCACUGGCUGCUCAGCAGGCCCGGGAGCGGCUCUUGGCGGAGAUCACGGCCAAGUGCGAGGAGGAGGUCCGUCGGGCGAAGAAGAAGGCCGAAGACAACCGGGAACGCAAGGCCGCCGAACACGCUCGCCUGCGCCUGGAAAUCGCGGAGAAGUUCGCUGAGGCCGAGAAGAGGCGGGCCCUGUAUCAGCAGAGUCAUCGCCGCCACCGCACGAGCAGUCUGCCGACUGGUGGCGACGAGAAGAAGAUGCCCAAGGCGGUUGCUCAGUCGGUCACCCGCGAUGCCGCCGCGAGGAUCAUCCAGCGAGUCUGGAGAACCUACCAUGCGAAGAUGGUAAUGCGUGGGUUCCUGGCUCUCGACCUGACCACCGAUCGUAUUCGGGAGAAGGAGUUCGAGGAAGUUGGCGCUCAGCUGUCUGAUGACCGGGUUCUGGAGACCACAGGUCGGGUCCUUAAGCUGUGUGGACUGCAAGAUAUGGAGAGUGGCACCAUCGGUGGACGGGGUGCUGUGCGCACGUUCCUUAGCAGCUACCUGAUUGUGACCCAUCCUGCCGAGGUUCUGAGCAGCAAUGGCGAACAAGAGCAGGAUUUGAUUGCGAAAGCGCGCGAGCUUCUCGCCGCGUUUGAGCUGGUGACACCUUUGCUCUCCUCGGGAUGCUGUUCCCCAUCGGCUAUUGCCACGGAGCUCCAGGCUUUGUGCGAGGCUUACAAUGUCUUUUUUUCUGCCUUUCACGCGUGGAAGUCGCAUGACUCCAGUGUUCUGAUCGAGAUCAUGUUGGCUCAAUUUAUCGAAUUGGAGUUGAUCUGGCAGACGGUCAAGAAUGACCGCGCUGGUGGUGUCGCGGAGGAUUACAGCCAGGGUAUUCGGCAGAAUCAGAUCCUCCUUCUUGCCAGACUGAAGCGUCUGGCUGGUUCUGACAAGGCGAUGCAGAUGGUGCGAGAUGCCUUGAAGAAGGCCAAGCGCGAGAAGAAGCGGACGGCGUCCAAGCAGGCUAUCCCACGGUCGGCGGAGGUUGCGCCCUCGUCGACAGAAGCUCUUCCGGAAAGCGUUGCUUCUCCCAUCAGUGAGACCUUUAACAACGUGGACAGUGCAGUGCUGCAUGAGCUCGACAGACAGCGAGUUUCUCCCCACGAGCGGUUUACACGGAUGCUGACCGCAUUGCCGGAGAAUCGAGCUUUGGUGCACGAGCUCUUGAUAAAUCAGGAGUUCCGGAUCGACGAGAAACAGUACACUGAGCCACGCAAGCGAAUCAUGAAACAUAUGUGCGAUAUGAUGCGGAAGGACGUGGAAGCCGGGCUGGAAACAAACUGGACAGUGGCCAUGGCUACGGUGAUCCAAGACCGCUUACUGCGCUCGCUCCGGCCUGGAAACUCGCUGCAUGUACUGAUCAGUGAGGUGCUUGACCCUAAGCUGGUCGAAAGCCAGUGCAGGGCCGGCGCUUUCUCCUACGACAGUUUCUUCAACUUUAUGAACACCAUCUUACCCAAGCUUUGUGCCCCUUACCGCGAUCCAGUAGUUAAAGCAUUCGCUGAAGACACAUCGGGGGAUGCAAUCGACCGACUGGCACGAUUGAUGGGAAUAAUCGAUUUUCUUUCUCUUGAUCACACAAACUUUAUGAUCCAGGUUGCCGCUCCGCAGCUUAUCCAGGAAGCUCCUGGAUAUGAACAGAGGACCUUUGAAAAGGGUCUCCAAGACGGGACUCAAAGCUUGGGGAAGACACGACGCUUUUGGCGGACAUACCGCAAGAUCAUCGCCGAUGAGCUGCGCAAGCGGGAUCCAGAGAAUAUCAACGGGGAGCCCCGACCGCCGAGUACCAAGGUCUAUGCGCAAGGACUUGUCGAUCUGGUCAUGAGCAAUGCGCCUGUUUCGGAAGAGCUGGUGCCGGAGACUCUAGAGUUGGAUCGCCAGCGAUUAGCUCGCCUGCAUGCAAAGGCGUUCCGAAUCGUGGCUACAGCGUCUAUCCUUCUGACAGCCAAGAACCUCUUGAAGCGCGACGCGCGAUCCCAGUGGAAAGCCGAGGCGGACCGAAUCAUGUCUUUGGACUUUAAUGAGAUCCAGCCCGACCGCGUUCAAUCGAUUCUAGAAUCCACACACCCGAUGCCACCCAAUGCCAGCGCGCAGCUGGCAGCAACCAUCCGCCGGGCUUUGGUGCCUGUUGCCACGGCCUGUGUAGCCGCCUCUACGGAGGGAGAAGGGACACAACCAUCUGUGGAGAUCCAGGUCGAGUCUAUCUCGUCCUCCGAAUCGUAUACGUCGGAUGCGACCAGUCCCGCGACGGCGACGAGUGGUAGCGGCAACGGUACCUCUGGUUUUGCCGAUCCGGUUGCGCGACUGCUUCUCUCGCGGCUGAGGGCGCACAUUCUGUCACGACUGAGUGCGGCUAGUGCCAGCGAACGAGUCCGCGCCACGACGACAGCCAGUCAGGGCCUGGCUGGAGCGGGCAUGCCCGAGUUUGUUACGGAGGUUGGGCAGUUGACGGACGAGUUGGAGAAGAUGCGCGAAGUGGACUGGUUGUGUCACGGCCUAGUCUACGAGCGGAUCCUCGGCGAGGGGGCAUGAGGGGUGGAGGCUAAUUAUAAGAGUUUUUGUCUUGGCUAAUGAAGGAUACAUUAUAGUACUUGUGGUACAGACUGAAUUGACUUUUGGGCGUGCGUUUUUGAUACAAGAAUUACAAUAUGUAUGCUAUUCCAGAUGGAG